UUAUUCGUUGUGCAACACUGCAUUCACAUGCCAAAUUUUACUCUAUUUCCUUUUCUUUAGGCUUCUUACCGACAUAAUUCAGAAUUUUUUCUGUUUCGUGGGAAAACAAAUUAUUUGCUGAAUAAAAUUCUAAUUGAAAACAAAGAUCAAUCAGAUGACAACCUAUAACUAGGACACCCAGCAAAAUCCAAGUCAAAAUUAACAGCAUUAAGAAUAUUUAGUGCCGGAUUUAUUGAGUAACAAAUCAAAGUUACAGAAGACUGUUGUUUUAUUUUCAACGCAUAUACCGAUAAAAAUACAGUUAUGGCCUAUCGCUACGGUUCCAUUAGCUUAACACGAUGGCAAUUGGCUUUGUUGGUUGGUACACCCGUUGCUAUUGGUUUAGGUAUCUACGUUUACCGAAAAUCAAUUUCGGAAAGGAAAUCAAUUGGCGACAAUGACGCUUCAAAUAAUGUUGGUGAUCGCAAGAAGGGACUACCCGGAAAGGAUAAAAAUCAAACCUUAUCUAUUGAUGGCACUACCGAAGAUAAGGAGUUUGAGCUAAAGAAGAAGAAAGCAGAAUUGGAAAGCUUAAAACUAUCACCGCUCAAGGAAGCCACUAUGUAUAAGAAUGAGGGUAAUGUUUGCUAUCGUAAUGGCAAAUAUGACGAAGCUAUUUCAUUCUAUGAUAAGGCCAUUGAUAAAUGCCCUUCCGAAGAACGUACAGAUCUUGCGAUUUUCUAUCAGAAUCGGGCUGCCGCUUACGAAAUGUUGAAAAAAUGGAAUCGUGUCAAAGAGGAUUGUACUCGUUCACUUCAAUAUAAUCCACAGUAUGCGAAAGCUUACUAUAGGCGCGCUAAAGCACACGAGGCGACAAAUGAUUUAAUGGAUUGCUUGGAUGAUGUGACAGCGACUUGUAUAUUGGAAAUGUUCCACAAUAACAGCACUAUUAUGUAUGCAGAUCGUAUAUUGAAGCAAACGGGUCGUGAAGCAACUGAACGAGCACUUAAAGAACAUGUGCCAGUGUUACCAUCGAAGUACUUCAUAUAUACUUAUCUAAGUUCGUUUAUUGCUGAUCCCAUUGAAACAAUCACCAUACUUGCACCAGAAGAGGGUGUAGCUUUAAAAGGAUUCGCGCGUGCGAAGAAAGCGCUAGAAGAUAGACAAUAUGAAGAUGUCAUUGCAGCUUGCACGGAAGAGAUUGAGACAUCAGAAGCUGAAUCUCAGUAUAAAAGCGAAGCUUUAUUGCUCCGUGGCACAUUUUAUUUGCUCUCGGGCAAUUUCGCUGCAGCGAAACAUGACUUGGAUGCUGUGAUCAAUAAUGCCGCUGCAGAAGUAUCGCUACAUGCCGCUGCGCUCAUAAAACGUGCAUCUCUACACAUUCAACAGGAAGAGAAGGAUUUAGGCUUAGUCGAUUUUGAUGCCGCCUCGAAAUUGCAACCGAACAAUCCCGAUAUUUAUCAUCAACGUGCGCAAAUAUACAUACUGCUCGACCAAUUGAAUGAAGCUUUAAGCGAAUUUGAAAAGGUUAUUAAAAUGGCACCAAAUCAUGCUAUGGCCUAUGUGCAGAAAUGUUAUGCCGAAUAUCGUAUGUCGCUGAUGUCUCAAGAUCAAAUGCGUCUCAUGAUUGUUAUGAACGAAUUUAAGAAUGCCAUUGAGAAAUAUCCCGAUUGUGUUGAAUGCUUUAGUUUAAUGGGUCAAGUUCUAAGCGAUCAACAACAAUUCCAGCAAGCUGAUGAAUUUUAUGAAAAAGCUUUGAAACUGGCGCCAGAUAAUGCGUCACUGCAUGUUCACCGUGCCAUAAUGCUAUUGCAAUGGAAGGGUGACAUUGAAAAGGCAAUAACGCUCAUUAAUCACGCUUUAGAAGUCGAUAGCAAAUGUCUAUUAGCAUAUGAAACUCUCGGCACAAUUGAGGUGCAGCGCGCCAAUUUGAAUCAUGCUGUUGAUCUAUUCGAAAAGGCAAUUAAAUUAGCAAAAAGUAAAUCAGAAAUGAGUCAUCUUUAUGCUUUGCGUAAUGCGGCGGUGGCACAAAUAAAUGUUACAAGCAAAUUGGGUAUUGAUAUGGCGAAAAUUUCAGCGUUAGCUGCUGGUAUAGCGCCACCGUCUAUGUAAGCGUACGAAACGUAUACAAAUCUUUAAAGUUAAAUAUACCACUUAGCAUCGUGUUAAGUCAACUUGCAAUAUAAACACACACACUACAUACAUAACUACCAAUAUAAUAAGAGUUUAGAUUGAGUUUUGUAGAAAAAAAAAUCAAACAGCGUUUAAAACCUAUUUGCAUUUCUCUACAUUUUUAUUCCAGCAGCGACAGACAAACUGCAACCAUUGCAAUAUAAAA